AUGGCCUCGCAUGGUCAGAACCACGGCACGGCCUAUUCCCCCGGGGAUAUCAAGCAUCGGAGCGUAAGCCCUUCGCCACACGGCCAACAAUAUCACGAUCCCAACACCGGUGGAUUAGGAGUUGACCCCUCUAUGGCCGCUUAUUCGACAAACCCCUCCUUUCACAAUCCCGACGGCAGCAUCGGUGGUGCUGAAACAUAUGGAUACCCAAGCUAUCUUGCUGGGGCCCCCUCGACACAGACAUUAUCGCCGACGGACCAAAGCUAUGCCCCAACUAUCAAUACCAACAUUCCGAUAUCGCAAUCGUUCGAGACAAGCCUAGUCAAUCAGCUUGAGCACUCUUCGACGGGACUCAGACAGAUGCAGGGUGACGAAAACUUCUCCAAUAUGCUCAACUCCAACCACCCAGAAUUGGACUUUUCUCUCUAUCAGAAUCACAGCCCCAACAGCACUUCCACCCCCGAGUACGAUUCUUCAUUGUUGCUAGACCCGCAAAUGCACCAGCGCCAGUCAAUCAACCAAGCGAUCAACCCCGCUGAUCUGGUCAGCCCCAUCUCCAAUCCUUCAAUAUCUUCGCAUCCAUCAUCGCAAGAUCAGCAGCAUUCCUCACCUGGCCCCAUGUCCCCUCCGGGAUCCACACAGGGUGCAUACUAUACCCCUCGGCAUUCACGACACACUUCCCUUGACCCGGCUACUGCAGCGUAUUUGACUGCCCAACCGGGUCCAGACUGGCAGUCGGUUAUGAAUAAUGUUUCCUUCCAGGGCCAUCGACGUGCACCGUCUGAGGUCUCCGAGGUAUCAUCGGCCAACCACUCCCCCUACUUGUCCCAGCACGAAUUCGAUGGCAUUGAGAACAAUGCGUCGCCAUCUUUGGCUCCCCAAAGUGAUCCAAGCCUUUACGACAAUGGCUUAGGCAUGGAAUCCUUCACGUUGUCAGAGCAGCAUCAGCAAGGGAUCAGUCCCCUUCACAGCCCGUAUAUCUCUCCGCGGUUGAUGCCACAGCAGGGGGGUGAGAUGGUGCCGAAUAAUUCGUAUCUCUCUCAGUUCCCCUCGGCGCCGACAGACAUGUAUGGAAUGCCCCAAGAGGACAUGAUGAACAUGGGCCAAUUGAACAAUAGUCCGGGCGAUAUCGGUCAAGCUUCGCAGAUGGCUCCUCCAUCAAUCAAUGUUGAGUUUGCCCCGCCAUUGCGGAAUCCAAACUUCGAUCCAUCCAAAUCAACGGCAGAUUUCGAUUCAUUGAGCCCUCCCGCUAUGCGAUCCCGUCUUCGUAGUAAAUCUGACCCUUAUCACCCUGCUUCCCGCCCACGCUCUCCUGCAACUUCAGCAACAAGUCUGGAGCCCCGCGCACCUGCCACACCACGAUCCUUGUCGCCCGUUGGAUCGGUUGGCUCUCACUCGCGCAGUAGCCCCAGUUCGCGGGAUCCCUCGCCUGCACGAUCAAACCGACGCCUCUCCACCUCAUCAAUCGAGAACCGGAACUACAUCCUGGAUCUCGCCGAUCCGCAAAGGCCCGGGGCAGCACCCGGGGAGCCGAAACGAAUCCAGAAACACCCAGCUACCUUCCAAUGCAACCUAUGUCCGAAACGGUUUACGCGCGCAUACAAUCUGCGAUCCCAUCUCCGCACCCACACCGACGAACGACCAUUCGUGUGCACAGCCUCCAUUCCGGCGAAAAAAAAAUUCGUCUGCCGCGGCGAGCUCUCGCGAAGCGGACAAUGGGGCUGUGGCCGCCGCUUCGCCCGUGCAGAUGCUUUAGGCCGCCAUUUCCGCUCCGAGGCGGGCCGGGUAUGUAUCAAGCCUCUUCUGGACGAGGAGUCGCAAGAGCGUGACCGCGUCUUGCUAGAGCACCAGCAGCAGCAACAACAAUCACCAACCGGCCAUCUCCAGCCAAUCCCUCAGCCGCUUGUCAUGCCCAAUAUGCCCGGCAUGGAUGGGCAAUCGACGGGCAACUUCGUUCUUCCUGCUGCUCUUCUGGCACAAUACCCGGCUCUGCAGACAUUGCAGUGGGACCAGAUUUCGGCUGUUGGUGAUGAUCCGGGUGAGAUUGGUGGGCGGAGUAGCUUUGAUGCUAGCUCUGGUGGGGAGUUUGGCUUUGACGAAGAUGAUCCGGGGAUGGGUGGUGGUUAUGGUAAUAACCAGGGGAAUAUGUACGGUGUCAAUAACUCCGGUCAGAUGUUGGGGGUCAAUCCUGGGGACGCUGGGUAUUCUGAUCAGAAGUGGACUGGAUGA